GCAGCAGCAGCAGCAGCAGCAGCCUCCGGACGUCGCUGGAGCCCCCGCUCGGAUCGGCCCGUCUGUUAGCAAUGAACGCCUCGUGCUGCCUGCCGUCUGUGCACCCAACGCUGCCCAACGGCUCCGAGCACCCUGCCAGCCCUGCCUUCGGCAACCAGAGCGGCAGCGGGUUCUGCGAGCAGGUCUUCAUCAAGCCCGAGGUCUUCCUGGCGCUGGGCAUCGUCAGCCUGCUGGAAAACAUCCUGGUCAUCCUGGCUGUGGUCAAGAACGGCAACCUGCACUCGCCCAUGUACUUCUUCCUCUGCAGCCUGGCGGCGGCGGACAUGCUGGUGAGCGUGUCCAACGCCCUGGAGACUGUCAUGAUCGCCGUCGUCAACAGCAACGCCCUGGCCCUCGGCGACCGGCUCAUCCAGCACAUGGACAACGUCUUCGACUCCCUGAUCUGCAUCUCGCUGGUAGCUUCCAUCUGCAACCUCCUGGCCAUCGCCGUGGACAGGUACGUCACCAUCUUCUACGCGCUCCGCUACCACAGCAUCAUGACCGCGCGGAAGGCCCUCGCCUGGAUCGCGGCCAUCUGGGUGAGCUGCGGGGUCUGUGGCGUGGUGUUCAUCAUCUACUCCGAGAGCAAGAUGGUCAUCGUGUGCCUCAUCACCAUGUUCUUCGCCAUGCUGCUCCUCAUGGGCGCCCUCUACGUGCACAUGUUCCUCUUCGCCCGGCUGCACGUCCAGCGCAUCGCGGCACUGCCGCCCGCCGACGGGGCGGCCCCGCCGCAGCACUCGUGCAUGAAGGGGGCUGUGACCAUCACCAUCCUGCUGGGGGUGUUCAUCUGCUGCUGGGCCCCCUUCUUCCUCCACCUCGUCCUCAUCAUCACCUGCCCCACCAACCCCUACUGCGUCUGUUACACCGCCCACUUCAACACCUACCUGGUCCUCAUCAUGUGCAACUCCAUCAUCGACCCGCUCAUCUACGCCUUCCGGAGCCUGGAGCUGCGUACCACCUUUAAGGAGAUUCUCUGCAGCUGCAACGGCAUGGACCUGGGCUAGGGCGCCGGGGCCCUGGACGCGCACGUGGGUCCGGUCACUG